AUGAGUUACAAUACAGCGGCCACAUUCGUGCCAGGAGGCGAUGACUCUUAUUACAUGCCUGAACUAAUUCAACCGACCCCCAACCGCAUCCAUGAACUUCCGACCAACAUUGAGCAGAAUGUGGCCCAAAUGGAAAGGGCAGCUUCGAACCCUCCACCAAUUUCUCCAUCAGUCUACUCUCCCCAAUCGGCAGAAUACAUGCACCAGGGCACAUUCUGGCCGUCGGUGCAGCAGGUGGUCAACAACCAGUUCGCACAGGACCAAAUGGCCCCAAACAAUUCCCAGACCCAACCAUAUCAGCAGGAGCCAUACCACCAGAAAACCAGCCCUGUGCCUCAAAGAGAGCAACCCAACUUCUCUCCCUUUCCUAUUCUUCGAAACCCUCCCCCCAACAUCCCACCUACGGACGAGCAGAAAGAAGCGACAUUGGAAGCGGCGAGAUCGGCUGUGCUGGCUUGCAAUGAUCCUGAAACUCAGUUGACAUGGGCGCAGGAUGCGUUGUCCUACGUGGAAGUCUGUCAGCAGAACGAGGAAAGAGUAGCACUCGCACAAGCUCCUCGGUCACGGACGCCUCGCGUCGAGCAUACCCUAAGAGAAGAUGCGCUGAAAAUCGUGAACUUUCUGGCAGACCAACAUCAUCCAAAAGCUGAAUUCAUGAGAGGGAUGUGGCUCGAGUUCGGCAAGUUCGGUCACCGGAUCGACAAGAGAGAGGCCUUUGAUUGUUACUCCAGAGCAUCGGAGAAAGGCUACAUCCGCGCCGAUUACAGGAUUGGCAUGCAAUUCGAAUCGUCCAAUGACGCUUUGAAGGCAAUCAAAUAUUACCAGAAAGGGGCAGAUGCUGGAGACUCUGCUGCUUGUUACCGAUUGGGGAUGAUGACUCUUCUUGGCCAGCACGGACAAGCGCAGGACUAUGAACGUGGCCUCAAUCUCAUAUAUGCCUCCGCCCAAACGGCCGAUGAAAAUGCUCCGCAAGGUGCUUACGUCUUUGGGAUGCUUCAAGCUCACCAAAUGCCACAGAUACAGAUACCCGAGAGCUACUUGCCGAUAGACAUGGCAGCGGCGAAAACCAACAUUGAAAAGGCCGCUUAUCUGGGUUUUGCCAAGGCGCAGGUCAAGAUGGGAGCCGCUUAUGAGUUGUGUGAGCUUGGAUGUCCUUUUGACCCCGCGCUUUCUUUGCACUACAACGCACUUGCAGCUAGGCAGGGUGAGCCCGAUGCCGAGAUGGCCAUCAGCAAGUGGUUUCUCUGCGGCCAUGAAGGCCUUUUUGACAAGAAUGAAGAGAUGGCUUUCACGUAUGCUCAACGUGCGGCGCUCUCUGGCCUUGCAACGGCACAGUUUGCCCUGGGCUACUUCUACGAGGUUGGUAUCUAUGUGCCAGUCAAUUUUGAGCAAGCCAAAGAGUGGUACCGGAAAGCAUCGCAAGGGGGCAAUCAGGAUGCUGGGGGGAGGAUUGAAGCCAUUUCCAGAUCCAAAACGUUGUCUCGGAAGGAUCAUGAAAAGAUUGCUCUGUCGAAGAUUCGCCAGCAGCGAGGCUCGAUCAUUGGAGGGGUGCAAGCACCUCCUUUGCCCCCCAUGCCUACAUUACCUACCUUGCCUACGUUACCAGCAAUGCCAACCGUUUCCGAGGAGCAUAGCCCAUCUAUCAUCGACAUGCCUGACCCUUCUCGCCUCUCCCUCAACCCCCAGAGACCACCGACAACGCGGCCCGGUAGUGCUGCACCCUAUCCGACUGACAACACCGGUAUGCCAAUGGCCAGCCAUGCCUCAGAGUUCCGACCAACCUCGGCCUUUGGCAUCAACCCUAAUCUUCGACCUGCUUCAGCCGCCACGGUAGGUGGACCUCGACCUGAUGCAUACGGACAGCCACAUAUAUCGCCGCAACAGCGACCUCACUCUACAAGUGACUCAAGAAUAUCAUCGGGCUCCUAUGGCCAAGGCACACGCAUCCCAUCUGGAAGGCAGCCCGGCCCUGGAGGAUCGCAGAUGCGGCCACCGCCAAAGGCAAGUGGCACAUCGCCGUAUCUUGAUCCUCGAGCAGCCAGUCUACCACCCACGCCUCCCAUGCUUGAUAUCGGCUUCUCAGCUCCCGUUGAGGAGAGAAAACCCCAACCCCGCCCACAGCAAGUCAAUGGAACGACAAAUAUGGGCAAACCCCAGCCUCCUACACCUAGCAACCUUUCUCGUCCGGCUUCUCGGCCCAACGUGCCUGCACAGCAGCAGAACUAUCCUCAAAGUCGACCCCCGCCGGUGAACUCUCGACCUGGGCCAGGAGGUUACGGUGGCCCUCCUCCGACUACUCAGACCCCUCCAAACAGAACACCAGUGCCGUCUGCACAGCAGACUGCGAACAGACCAGCAGCCAACAAUGCACCGAACAGCUCCGGUGCUGGCCAGCCACCAUCCAAGCCUGCUUCCUUGCCAGCCACCGCUGCUCGACCACCAGGCAAAGGGCCCAAGACUUUUGAUGAGAUGGGCGUACCUCCUGGCAAGGAUAAGAGCGAAUGUAUUGUCAUGUAA